AUGUCAGCAGAUCCUCUCCGUGUUCCCUCAUCAGCAGAGCUUGUCCAAGACCUCGAGAAUCUAAUAAAAAACCUCGAGGCUCUCCAAGACGUACAUAACGACCUUGUCCAAACGACACAAGAUUUUGCGCCGCAAGGCAUAAUCCCAGGCACACCAGUCCCUGGGAUUAACGCUAGUCUUUCGUCUCUUUCCCUGGAGGACAAGAAAGACUCAAGGCGCAAAGUUCUCGUCGCCGUUCGUCGAUCGUCCAAGCUCGUGUUGCUGCAAAUUCGGGUCCUCCAAGCAAUUGACAGAUCAACCAGAAUCGCUGUUCACCAUUCGAUCGCAAAAGCCAGAGAAGACAUCCUCAAUAUCCUCAUUCAAGAAAUGGAGAAAAUUUAUGAAGUUUGCACCAGUAGUUCUGUGCCCCUACAGGCAGACUCGGUCACCUCCAAGCUCUCCAAGAAUCUCCGCCUGAUUCGGGGGGAGUAG